GCCGGAAGUGCCGCUCCCAACUGGGGGCUGUUCAUGGCGGUGCCGGGGUCUCCAGCCUGUUUAGUGAGUUCGGUCUCAAACCCGCCCGGAACGGAAGUGGCCCAGCUUGAGGUUCCUGCUGGUGUGAAAUGACCGAGUACAAACUGGUGGUGGUCGGAGCAGGCGGUGUCGGGAAAAGCGCCCUGACGAUCCAGCUCAUUCAGAACCACUUCGUAGACGAGUAUGAUCCCACCAUAGAGGACUCUUACCGAAAGCAAGUGGUUAUAGAUGGCGAGACCUGUCUGCUGGACAUACUGGACACAGCUGGACAAGAAGAAUACAGUGCCAUGAGAGACCAGUACAUGCGCACAGGCGAAGGCUUCCUCUGUGUAUUUGCCAUCAAUAACAGCAAGUCAUUUGCAGAUAUUAACCUCUACAGGGAACAGAUUAAGCGAGUUAAAGAUUCAGAUGAUGUACCUAUGGUGCUAGUAGGAAACAAGUGUGAUUUGCCAACAAGAACGGUUGAUACAAAACAAGCCCAUGAACUGGCCAAAAGUUACGGGAUUCCAUUCAUUGAAACCUCAGCCAAGACCAGACAGGGUGUUGAAGAUGCCUUUUACACACUGGUCAGAGAAAUACGCCAGUAUCGAAUGAAAAAACUCAACAGCAGUGAUGAUGGGACUCAAGGUUGUAUGGGGUUAUCAUGUAUGGUGAUGUAACAAGAUAUUAGAAAGUUCUAGCAUCAGAAAAGAGCCACUGACUGUUAAGCUGCACUGACAUCUGGUCCCGACGUCCCUGGAGGAGGAAUUUUGUUGCUCUCUUCAGUCUCGUAAAGAAGCUCCUGCUACUCCCCCACUUCUCAUCAGUACAAUAUUCUCCUCUUGAAGGAUCUCAGUAACUACCUCCUCACUUGGUGUCUGACCAGAGAAAUGAACCUCCUGUCACUCCCCAAUAUCUUUCCACCCUGGGUUCUCCCUAGCACAUACACCUCUGCCACCCCAGGAUUUUAAUCUGAGAAACAAUUUGUAGUCUGAAACAGAAAACCAACCUAGAGACAGAUUCUGUAGAAAACAAUGUCUUGAGCUCUAAAGUAGCAACUGCUGGUCUUUUUUCCUUUUUUUUUUCUUCUUUUCUUUAUUCUUUUUUUAAGGGGGCUUCUUUUUACAUGUUGAACCUGGAAAUAUGUUCAGUUUAUAGAAAUGUCCAAUUACUGUUGUGCUGAGAAUGUAGUUGAUAUUGCUAAUUAUUUUUGUAAUGUUGUCAGCUGUAUUCUGUAAGACCGGCACCUCCUCUGUAUUCCUACGUACGAAAGUGAGGAAUGGAUUUUGAGUUUAUCUUUGUGCUCUCAACUUUCAUGUCAUUAAAACCAGUAUCCACAACGAAGUGCCUUUUCCCUAAAAGCAGAUUGUAGAAUUCCUUUAUGAUACUUGAGAAUAGAUAUCUCCAAACCAUUAUACAGGCCUCAUUAUAUCUCAAAACCAUCAUACAUAAUACUUGAGAAGAAUAGAAACUCAUGUGAAACUAAUUUCCAAGAUGUUUAUGACUUGUCUACCUUUGAGUGAAAAAUAGAUAAAAGCAAAUGCCAUUUCUUUUCUGUCUUAAGCUAGUUUAGAGACCUGUUUUGGGUUCUCAAAGAUGAAAAUAGAAACAGCUGUAAUUGUAAUUUUACUUAAUUUUCACCAACUCUCUAGGUAUGUUACCACCUACCAAAUAAUGUAAUUGGUUACUUUAAGCUUACCAAUAAUCUGAUGUUCAAUGAGCUGCUAUUUCUAUUAGAUUUGAAUCAUUAGGAAGCUUUACAUUUGCAGGUGCUCAGAAUUUUAAAAAUUUGAUACCAUUUUAUUGUUGUGAAUAAUGAUUUUCAGACCUUGAAUACAUUAACAGAUCCAUUUUCACUGCUUAUUGUGGUAUCUUAAUGAUCUCUGUAAUUGCUCUCAGUCCCCUUCUCUCUCAGCCUCUUUCACACGACUAGCUUUGAUGACUUGAGGAAUAAUUUCAGUUAAGCAUGGUGCUAAUGGACCAGAGUCACAGUUUCAAAACUUGAGCAAGCCAGUUAGCAUCAUAGAAAGAAAUUGUAACACAUAUUCUCAUGUUUUGGCACCCUAACUCUAAUUAGUUUCUAGCUAGUAGCUUUGCUUGAUGCAUGCUAAUAGUCCCAGCAGGAAAGAAAACAUCAUUACAAAUCCUUUACUGUGACUGGACACACUUGGUAUCACUUUAGUGUUCUUAAGUAUUGACUCCACACUCUCCACCCUCACUCUUGGCCGUUGUAGAAACUUGGUUAAACCCACUAAUGCCAUACCACCCUGAGCCCUUCUCAUUCUGUCAAAGAUAAACGCAGUUUUGUUUCUCAUGUUUUUGAGAAUGAUGAUGUCUUAGAUCAAAAUUUGAGUUUUUUUCUUCUGUUCUUUGAAGGGUUUUAAAUGCUGUGGUGAUUACCAGCAGUCUGUGCAUACCAGAUAAUAAAGCUAAUGAGUUUGUUCGAAAGCAGACGUCAAAUCAAAACUGCAGUUCAAGAAGGGACUAGAAGAUUUGACUUUUCCGUUUGCAGAUAAUUUCCUGUUAAUUUUAAUAAAGAUAAACUUGAAUAACUUUUGAUAAAAGACUAUUAAAAAAAUUACCAUUUCCCCCCAUCUCUCCCCCAAGCCUUCCAGAAGUGAUUCCUGAGUGCAGAGGCAAUAGGAAACCUUGAGCACAGCCAGUGUGACCAAAAAUUUGAAAUUAAAAAAGAAAUUUUUUUCUUUAAUGACCCCCUUUUGUUCUGGCCUUCUAAUUAAUACUUACUAAAUAUUAAUACUUACCAUAAUGGGUUUAAGGUGCUUGCCUUUCACACGGCUGUCUCUGGUUCACUCACUCACUCAUUCCCACACGGUUCCCCAGCACCACCAAGUAUGAUCCCUGAACACUGCUGGAUGUGCCGCUUCCCCCUCUUUCCCCCCCCAAAAGAAAUAUUGUACUAAGGUCCUUUUUUUUAACAUGAACUUUCAUAUAUUAAGCAAACACUGCAUUGCCUUUACAUGAAUUCAGUAGAGGGGAGAUCAUAUACUGUGCCCAGAGUAUGAUAAAUCCAGAGAGUUGUAUUCCUGAGUAUCAUUUUCUGUAAGCAGAAAUAUUCUGUUCCUUUGUUCCUGCCCCAUCUUAGAGAAUUGCUCUAAUUUGCUGAAGCUGUAUUAAGACUUACCACCUCAGUUGUCAAAAUAUGUUUUUAGGCUUCCUCUUAUCUGCCUUUUCUCAAACACAGGGAAAGAGAUACUCAUUCAGGCUCUGGAACCAUAGCCCUCAUAUGUACCUUCUGUUUUCUUGAGCUUAUUCUAAGCAGAUUAUCUACACGGGGCUAGAAUUCACAUUUGAAAUGUCCUUGUAAUAACUUCUUAGUAAGAUGUACUUAGAUGUGAAUUUUGGCACAGUUCAGUGACAAACUCCUAAAAACUGAAUAGCUUCAGUUAGGUAUAUAAAAUGGGUUUUUUUAAUAGUAUGUUUUUGUGACUGUUGAAAACAACCCUAUUUUACCUCGAAUUAUGAUUCUUUUCCCAAGUUAAGUGCCUGGCCCACUAUGAUCAGUUACAUAUUACUUUAUGUGUGUUUGUGUUUAACAGUUGUUCUCCAUGAGUAUGGAAAUAAGAUACUGUAUUUAAAGGCAACUGUGCUUCAUCUAAAUGAAUCCGUCAUAUGCUGUGUGAGCUCCAACAGCUUACUAUAGGCUCUCUCUCCAUAACAGAAUUUUAAAAUCAUUUUCACCUUAAGAGUACAGUAGGAUCAAUAGAUAAUUUAGUGGGCCCCGAAUCUUACAUCAUCCUCUAAACUGCUGUGAAUUUUUUGUCUUCACUUGGAGGCAAGGAUAGAGAAACACUUUCAAAAGAUAUUUUUUUCCAUUCCAAAAUUUGUGACAUUCUCAUUUUUGCUUUACAUUUUUGUUCAUACUACAGCCAAGAACCAAAAAUAUAAUGCAUUUUGCUUCUUAAAGUUCAUCUCUCUGCUAAUAAAUUGCAAGAAGCAAGGACAAUUAGAGAAACCAUUUAGGCUUUUGUUAACAGGAGACUAAUCCUUGUACAUUAUGUUUAAUGUUUGCUGUUUCUUUAAACAGUGCAAUAUGCCACAGAAUUAUCUUAAGGUGUUUUCUAUGAGAAUUGUUUUACAAGUGUUCUCUUCAUCAGAAUGGUUGUUGAUCUUUUUUAAAAUAAGACUGGUAGUUUUUAAAAGCCUGAGGACUGACCUAGAAGCAACUGUCUGAAUUCUACUCUAGAGGAAAGGCGGGCUCCCAGUGGGAGCUUCAUGGCUUGUGUUUCUGUGCCAUCAUAUAGGAGUAAAAUUAUCAGUUGUGUAAUUCUGCUGUUUAAAUGGAAAUAUUGGCCUCCUUGCCCUAAAUAAAAGGGCUAAUAGUUUAAGUUGUUUUUAUUAUAAAUUAAUCCAUCCUAAUUUUUUUUAAGAUUUGGUUGUAUUUUUGUUCUUAAAUGUGUAAAAAUAAAAACUGGAAGUUCUUUGCUUAGU